AUAUUGGAGCCCUCCUCACCUUGUCCUGUAGGCUCUCUGAUUAUGAUCAAGGUCGAGGACUGCGUGCAGGAGUUGCUCAAGUUCGUUCUUCAGUCUUCCAUUAACGGAACCCUAGACUUUGAUUUGGGCCUCUCCAGUACCUUCUGCGCUGGUCUCCUUAAACAUGAUCCUUCUUCCAAUCUGUUACCAGACUCCACAGCUGGAGUUCCUCCAUAUCCUUUAUACAAGCGUUUAUCAUCAGCUUUGUGGGAAUCCAUCUGUUAUGGCUCCUUCUGUCCAAUGUAUAAGAGAAUGUUGAUGACGAAUGGAGAAAGUUCUUUAAAGCAGAAAGAGGAAAAAUGGCUGAAGCUGAUUAUGGAUAAGGGGUCUGAAAUGGUAGAGCAGAUACUCGAAACUCUUAUCCUUGAACUUCAUGUCGAUGAACCUUUCUUUACGCAGCUAAAAGAUGGCCAAAAAUCAAUCGAAGGAAAGUACGCUUUGGCCAAAUACAAUAGACUUGAACCAGGAAUGCUGAUUAUCUUCAAUAAGUGUCUUUUAUUUGAAAUCUCGGAUGUUCGCCGGUAUGCAUCAAUUUAUGAUAUGUUGGAGUCUGAAAAUCUUCGAAGCAUUAUACCUGGAGUUGAAAGCAUUGACGAAGGUCUGCAAAUAUUGAAAUUUUUGAACGAAGAAGAGGAAGAAAUAGCUGACGGUGUUCUUGCUAUAUGUAUUUCAAGUGUGCCACUUCAGCCUUACAUUUCUUUAGCUGCAAUAAUCUCAGAGCUGAGUUAUGAAGGCCUUCAAGGUCUUCUUGGUUUGACACAUACCGCAGGAACGGUUCCUGAUGUUCUUCCCCCACCAAGAUCAGCUCUUUUAUCUUCAUUUAUUCUUCCAUAUAAACCUGAGGGCAAAGGCAUAAAGUUAACUCAUGGAGCUAAGGCAUUGGCAAAGCAUCAUCAUCGAUCUAGUAGUAAAUAUUGGGGUACUUUUCAUGGAAACGAUUCGGAUAAGAAUCGGCUUGCCAUGAAUACAAUUGUUCACUUGAUAGCUCAUUGUUGCUGGUUGAAUAUUCAUAUGGUUGCACCACAUGGAAUAGUCUUUGAGAUAAGGAUAGCAGAAGGGUAUGGUGCCAGGUGGUCGAACGAUGGAAACAAGUUCAUUGGAUUUCUGGAGCCAUACAUGGAAGAUGGUCAUUGGAAGAAAUGGAAGCACUAAUCUUUUCUUCUGGUAAUGAAUUAACUAUAAAUUACAUUUUAAUAUUUACACACUGUUCUACUGAUGUUCUUGGUCCGCUUAGCUACAGGAAAUGAGAUUCUUGUUGGGAAGCGGAUCAUAUACUUUGGUUAAAGCAGAAUCUUUAUAUCACAUGAUCAGAUUUUUAUGCACAGUGUAUGUAUGCAAUAAUUCAUCUGUGGAACUAAUUAUUGUGUCAUCUCAACUAUAUGAACACCAUUUACAUUCUUGGCAUUACGUUCGUUCUCAUACUUCAUUGCUCGUAUGUAACUUCAGUUUCUGGAAGCUGUUUCGAUUUCGUACGAUACGACUGUUUCAGCACGGUAACAAUCUGCUGAUCUUAGCUGCAUUUAAAGAGUACGGGUUCUUUUCA